AUGUGUGUGCUAUGUUGUUUGUCGCAGGAGGAGCGCGAGUGCGUAAUAUCGUCGUCCCGCAGCGGCAACGGGAGCGCGGGUGCGUGCACGCUGCAGUGCGGCGCGGGCGAGUGCGUGCUGCGCGGCGCCGCGCCUGCGUGCCGCUGCGGCCCGCUGUACGCCGGCGAGCGCUGCCAGCACUACCGCUGCGCCGCGCACUGCCACCGCCGUGGACGUUGCGAACUUGAUACCGACGUCAAAGUGGCAGACGGGGAACUUCCACCGCUCAAGUGCCGGUGCCAGGCGGGCUACUCGGGCGCGCGCUGCGAGCUGGCCGGCGACGCGUGCCAGCACACGAGCUGUGCGCACGGCGGCACGUGCCGCUCGCUGCGGCUCGGCGCCACCUGCAUCUGCGCUCCAGGAUACACAGGGAAACUAUGUGAAAAAUGUAUCGAUGAGACAUGCAACUUUGAAGUGAAGAUGGUUGGAGAGGAUGACGACGGCUUAGAAGGUCUCUGUAAUGGAUUCUGCUUAAAUGAGGGCACGUGCCGCGUAACGGGCGGGCGCGCCGUGUGCGCGUGCGGUGCGCACUGGAGCGGCGAGCGCUGCCAGCGUGUGGCGUGCCUGGACGCGGCCUGCACCUCACACCGCGCGCACGAUACCUACGACGUGCACGAUGACCACGCACCGCACGACAACGAUCCGCACGACAACAAACCGCACGACAACGCUCCGCACGACAACACACCGCACGACAACGCUCCGCACGACAACACACCGCACGACAACGCACCGCACGAGGCGACUCUACGGUGCGCGGGACAGUGUCUACAUGGCGGACGGUGUGUGGCGGCGGCGGGAGGAGUGUGCGCGUGCACACCCGGGCGCGGCGGCGCGCGCUGCGAGCGCUACGUGGGACAUGACACAGCGUGCGCAGCGCGCGCCUGCCCGCCGCCAGCCCUCUGCGCCUGGCGUCCGGACGGUACGUACGCAUUGCAAGCCAGCACACCCGGGCGCGGCGGCGCGCGCUGCGAACGCUACGUGGGACAUGACACAGCGUGGGCAGCGCUCGCCUGCCCGCCGCCAGCACUCUGCGCCUGGCGUCCGGACGGUACGUACGCACUGCAAGCCAGCACACCCGGGCACGUUGGCGCGCGCUACGAUCGCUACGUGGGACACGACACAGCGUGCGCAGCGUUCGCCUGCCCGUCGCCAGCACUCUGCGCCUGGCGUCCGGACGGUACGUACGCACUGCAAGCCAGCACACACGGGCGCGGCGGCGAGCGCUACGUGGAUCACGACACGGCGUGUGCAGCGCUCGCCUGCCCGCCGCCAGCACUCUGCGCCUGGCGUCCGGACGGUACGUACGCACUGCAAGCCAGCACACCCGCGCGCGGCGGCGCGCGCUGCGCGCGCUACGUGGGUCACGACCCGACACGGCACGACCCGCUGGGUCCGGGCGAGGCGUACUGCGCGUGCCUGGAUGGUGCACGGUGCUCGCCGCCCGGCCCCGCGCUGGGCGGCGGUGUGGGCGGCGGCGGCGGCGGCGGCAGGGGCGGGGCGGCGGGCGCCUGGAGCGCGGCGCUGCUCACGCUGCUGUCGCUGCUACUGCUCGUGCUCGCUGCGCUCUACCUGCUGCACAGGAGGAGACGCGGUGCGUUCGUGCACGCGCGUCUGUCGGACAACGUGGAGAUCAACAAUCCCAUGUACCUAGCUGGCGAAGAUGAGCUCGAGCCUCGAACUGAACCACCCACUAACGGUGGCAACCACUUCGCGAACCCGGUGUACGAAAGCAUGUACUCGCCGCAAGACGUCAAUCCUACUGAGGAGCGAGCCAACUUGCUGGAGGAGAGCUCGCCAGCGCGGCUCUAG